ACGCAAUAAAGAUUUUCCAAUUUUGUUUUAUUGGCUUAAUAAAUAAUUAAGUGUUAUAAAAGUGGUAUAAAAGGAGAGAUAUCAUUUGCGACUUGAUGUUGCUUGAUGUGAGGACAGUCUCAACAAGUCUCAAUUCUCAAAUUGGAUUAUUAUUUUUUUUUUUUUUAUAAUCUAGACCUUGUCAGUCAAUCAUUAUCAACAGUUUAAAAAUAAUUUAAAUAAAUUAUUUAUAUUUUUUUUCAUUUAAAUACAACUUUUUUUUUUUUGACGCUUGCGCAAGUGUAUAUAUUGUUGUUGUCGUUGAGGGAUAGAUACACGUCAUACAAUCACAAGAAAGUGCAUACAAGAAAGUUAAAGCUGUAGUAGACAUAUAUAUAUAUACCAAACUAAACCCAAACCCACGAUUGCCCAUGAUGUCGUCGUCUCAAACUCAGCUGGAUAAAACAGCUGUCGAAAAUUUUCGCGAGUACCUGCAAAUUCCAUCGGUUCAACCAAACAUUAAUUAUGAUGAAUGUGUUGCAUUUUUACAAAGACAGGCAAAAAGUUUGGAUUUGCCAAUUGCUGUUUAUGAGCCAUUUCCAAAUAAACCAAUUGUCAUUAUAACAUGGACUGGAACUGAUGCAUCAGCAUCAUCAAUUUUAUUAAACAGUCACAUGGAUGUUGUUCCUGUAUUUGCAGAUAAAUGGACAUAUCCACCAUUCAGUGCACAUGUUGAUGAUGCUGGUAAUAUUUAUGCUCGUGGUUCACAAGACAUGAAAUGUGUUGGUAUACAAUAUUUAGAAGCAGUAAGAAGAUUAAAAUUAAAUGGAAUAAAAUUAAAACGUACAUUACAUAUAUCAUUUGUACCUGAUGAAGAAAUUGGUGGUGUAUUGGGAAUGCGUGAAUUUGUUCACAACAAAGAUUUUAAAAAUUUAAAUGUUGGAUUUGCACUUGAUGAGGGUGUUGCAUCACCAACUGAUAAAUUUUACAUGUUCAAUGGUGAAAGAUCAAUUUGGCAAGUAUGGGUUAAAUGUAAUGGACCACCUGGACAUGGAUCAAUGCUCAUACCAAAUACUGCUGGUGAAAAAUUACGUUUUAUCAUUGAUCGUUUUAUGGAUCUACGAGCAGAAUCAAGUGCCAAGUUAGCUACUGGAAAACAUCAACUUGGAGAUUUAUUAUCAAUUAAUCUUAAUCAAAUUAAGGGUGGUGUACAGACAAAUGUUAUUCCUGAUGAAUUAAAAGUUGCAUUUGAUAUAAGAAUACCACCGACAAUUGAUCAUGAUGAAUUUGAAAAAUUAAUUCGUAGCUGGUGCAAAGAAGCCGGUGAUGAUAUAACAAUUGAAUUUGAACAAAAAAAUCCAAAAAUUGAACCAACAAAAUUGGAUGACAGUAAUCCAUAUUGGAUUGCUUUUAAAAAUACAACAGAUAAAUUGGGUAUUGAAUUAGAAAUUGGAACAUUUCCUGGUGGUACUGAUAGUCGAUAUGUUCGUUCGGUUGGUUUACCAGCAAUUGGUUUUUCACCAAUGAAUAAUACAAAAAUAUUACUUCAUGAUCAUGAUGAAUAUUUAAACAAAGAUAUAUUUUUACAUGGAAUUGAAAUUUACAUGAGCAUUAUACCAGCAGUUGCAAAUGUAUAAUUAUCAUAAUUCAUUUACAAAAAGACAAUAAUUAUCAGUCUAUUUAAAGUGCAAUUAUUUUAUACAUAUUAAUAUUAACAAAAACUAAAGCUGAUAAUUAUUAAAACAAACACAAAAAUUAGCUUUAUUUUGUUGCUCAAUUAUCAAUAUUGUUAUUGUUUUAAUUUUAUAAAAUAUCAACAAUUUGCAAUAGUAAGUUUAAAGAAAAAAAAAAUCUAUAAAACAGUUGAACCAUUAAAUUAUUUACAAUUGUUAUAAAAUAUUAUUAAUAAAAGUCUAUAAAAGUGUCGAAACAAUUGUUACAAAGAACCAAACAAAUUAAAUAAUUGUAUAGAAGAUUAUUGCUAAAUAAAAAAAAAACAACUGUGUUCAAAUGUUGAAUCGAACAAAAACAAACAAAAAACAAAUUAAUAAUUAUUUAAAAGAUUAUUUUUCAAAAGAAAAAAAAAACUAUUAUUGUGGUGAUUAGUGAUUGUUUAUUUAAAAAAAAAAAAAAAAGUGUUAUUAAUUAAUAAUAAUUAUAAACUAAAUAUUUAAAAAAACAUUUAUUUAUAAAAUAAUAUUGUGUAUGUGUGUGUGUACAAUUGAGCAUCCCUUUUUUUUUAUUAAUUUUUUUUCUGACAUUCCACUCUUUUUUUCUACAUAAAAAGAGCCGGUGAUGAUUUUCCCCCUGCCCUCUAGACCGAAACGAUCUUUAUUUUC